AUCAAUGAAUUAUGAACCAAUUAUGACAAAUAAUGACAUCCUGUAUUUGAUGGUGAGUUUUGGCUUCAAUAAUUAGUGAAGAUAAACAGGAAUUAUACAUUCAAAUACGGCAGGUGCAUGGCUCAUGCACUUACAUUUGUAUGUGAAAAUGGAAAUGCUCUGUUGAAAAGGGGCGUUGGUUAGCCAAAAUGUUAAAUAAUUUAGCGUUCAACAUCUUUGAACAAGAAUAUGCUUACUCACAAAUUAAUUCUCCUGCCAAUUACUCGUUUCAAAGAGAAAUCCUAUCCUAUCCUGUCCCUUUGUUUCAGUAUCUUCCUUUUCCUUUUCAGUUUUCACUUUAGCCACAAUAAUUCAUCAAUAAAUACCCCUAAAAUCUUACCAACUGCCCCUUGUUUCUUGUUCACAUAUCUCUCUUUCUCCAUUUCUCAAUAUCACCAGGAGGAGCCAAAAUCUGUUCCAGCGGAACUCUCUUGCCAAGUCUGAAAUGUCAAGAAGAACAAGCAAGAGAGUGAGUUUCAGCCCUGACGUCAAUGAAAGGCCAACGAUCUUUCUGAAACAUGGAGGCAGUGGCAGAACAAGAGGUAACAGAAGAAGGGUUGUUGUUGGGAUUUUCACGUUUAGGCUUGUCAAAGGCUCAUUUUCACCAGCAAGGUUGUUGAGGCGUCUUGGAGCUAAAGUUGCACCAGCUUUGCGUUUUGUAUCCAUUCGAAGGAACUCUUCUCAUAAGGUUUCUUCUGCCAAUCUGCCAAGGUCACGAUCACUGGCUGAAUCUAUUGACUCUCAUCGUGCUGAAGCUAUAGAAGAUUGCAUCGAGUUCUUGAAUUCUUCUUCAUCUUUGUCAAGAUCAAACUCGGUUUCUACAUGUUCUUGCUAGAGUUGCAGUCCUGGGAUAGAAAAUAUGUAAAUGAAAGGGAAAACUAAAGGGUUUUAUAUAAUUCAUUGAUCAUUUAAUUUCCAAUAUCAGAUGUGCAAAAAUACAUGCAGAAAGCAAUUGAAUCUUACAUUCAGUUUUUUCAUUACUUGAUUCAGUUCAAUCUUAAUCAUAGACAAUUACAUCAUAAUUAACAUCUGAAAAAGAUCCAAGACAUGAACUUUACGCAAUUUAAUUAAUUAUGCCAUUGCCUGAUUUACCGGACAAUUAGGCGGUGUUUAAGGGAGAAAUUUUAUGAACAAUCAUUCGUGACCAUACGACAGAUCAUGGAAAUGAA